AGUAUUUUAGUAUUGUGUAUAGAAAACUCUCUGUAUCGUAAGUAACAGCUUAACAAAUAUGGAUACACUGGAGAAUAGCCAGUCGUUAGCAGCGAGCCUAAUCUUCAGGGAGUCGUGACGUUACCGAGCAGCAGAGCGUCCCCUCCAACCAAGCGCCAUCUCUCUCAGCUGCAGACUCUGGCAUCGGGCUCACCGAACUCCCUACUCCGUACUCCGUACUCAUCCUUCAUCCUCUUCUCUCCGCGGCGCCAUCAGGAGCACCGUCUAUCACUUCUUCUUCUUCUUCUUCUUCGCCUUAGCAUCACCAUUGUUGCCGUUCGACUGUCGUCUCGCUGUUGGGCGAAGUUCCUCGGCCUGGAAGGGCAAAGUCUUGGCAUCAACUUCUCUUUUUUUUUUUUCUCUCUUCAACUUCGAAAAAUAAAACAUCGCCUUUUUUUGUCUUUUCGACUCUCAGCUAGCCAUCGGCUGAGCCCCCCGUCAGCGCAGGCAGCUGUUUAUAUAUAGCUCCUCUCCAGGUCUCUCUGUCUUCGGCAGCCUAGAUCCUUCGAGCCUCUGUCUUCCACUCGUAUCCUGGGAUUCUUUCAUGCAUACAUGAUCGCAUGAUUCCCUGUGCACCGUGACCAGAUAAGCUGCUGCCAGUCUAUCAACCCACCUCAGCCGCCAUGGCGUUGAACAGGGUCGGAGAUGAUAAUCUCUAUAUUGGAGGAUUAAUGGCCCUGAACAAUAAACUUGCACUUGAAAGGGAAAGCAUUACCCAUACGCUGACCGUAUUGCGUAUAAACGUAGACGAAGAACGGUUUAAACCCUUCAAGGAACACUUGCAUAUCCCAGUCGACGAUGUCGAUGAUGAGGAUCUCCUGCAGCAUUUUCCGACCACAAACGCAUUCAUCCGGUCAGGGCUCGAGAGUGGAACUGGGGGCGUGCUCGUUCAUUGUGCAAUGGGCAAGUCCCGCUCGGCGACUGUGUGUAUAGCGUACCUCCUCCAUAAGGACCCUGGUGCGUUGACGCCCAGAGGGGCUUUGGACCUUAUUCGUCGUACCCGGCCGCUUUGUGAGCCAAAUGAUGGGUUCAUGGAGCAACUGGAGCUUUACCACCAAAUGGGAUGUCCAGAUAAUGUUGUUGAUCAUCCUGUCUAUCAGCGUUGGCUCUAUCAGCGAGCCGUGCAGGACAGUGUAGCUUGUGGAAAGGGUCCUGAGCUGGACGAGAUUCAUUUUGAAGAUCAAGGGAUAAGUAAUAACUCUAUCGGCGAUUUUAAGGAGCCAGUGGAUAGCACUGAGGUUAGAUGCCGAAAAUGCAGACGGCAACUCGCCACACUACCAUUCAUCAUUCAGCAUACCCCGGGAAACAAAAGCGUCUCAUCCCAGACGCAACCCCUUGUCCCCAUAUCGUCAUUGACUCCCACGUCAUUACCGCCGUCAACAUGCGCCCACAUCUUCCUCCACCCACUCACUUGGAUGCGCCCGUCACUUUUCCCGUCAUCAUCGGAUCCAACGUCCUCUAACGUGCCCUUGGAUCCAGACGCCAAUCCGCCGCUCUCUGGGCGCCUCACCUGUCCAUCUAAAUCCUGUGGUGCGAAUAUAGGUAAAUUCGCAUGGGCCGGCAUGCCUUGUAGCUGCGGAACAUGGAUCGUGCCGGCCAUAGCUCUAGCGAGGGCACGGAUUGAUGUAUUCGAUGCGAGUACGAGGAAAGGCGGUGCGGCUGGAGUUGUGGGUGCUGGGAUUCGAAUGCCCCCUGCUAUGAUUAGAGCUCCUGUGGCUGACGCCAGGGCUGAAAGGGGAGAUGAUGAGAGUGGGAAGGGGCUUCUAUGA